AUGUGGCCGUCAGCGCGAGGCAAACACAAAGCGUUCAUCGACCCUAUCGCUACACUCCCAAACGAACUCUUGGUCGCCAUCUUUGCAGAGACUAUCCGCCACGCAUACGACGCGCCAGUUCGGAUCUCGCAUGUAUGUUCUCAUUGGAGGAGGCUUGCCCUUUGUACCCCAGCCCUGUGGACUAUCGUACCGCUUGUCUUGUCCAAACCUGUCCAGGCCGUUCAAGAGCGCAUCAGACGCUCUGGCCAGCGCCUCCUGGAAAUACACGGCGCAUUUGGGCAAGAUGACGAUUCUAUCAAAAUACCAAUACCUACAAUAGAGGAACUGCUCGAUGUUGUGAUAACCCACUCACAUCGUUGGCGCCUUCUGCACAUUACUGUAAUGGAGGAAGAAGAUGCAAACAUUGUAUUAGACAAGCUGAAGCCAAUCGGAGUGCCUCGUCUCGUCUCGUUCAUACUGAAAAUGGACGAGACGAUGUGUUUUCAAUUGGGACACGACCAGGAUGAGCCCAUUGAACUUUUCUCUGGCGGUGCUCCCAAACUGACAAGCCUCCAUUUGGCAAACGUUAGGCCUGGCCUCUUCUGUAUCCCAUCCGCUACCCUUACAUCAUAUACGCUUUUCACCUGUGCCAAUGGUGUAGAAUUUGACGUAGUAAACUUGGCAGAUGUCUUGGGUAAUAUGCCUGCGCUCUCUCGGGUAGUCUUUCAAGGCGAUAUGUGCCUCAUCAGUAGCGACCCAGAGCUAGACCAAGACCAAGACGACAAUACUCCUUCACCUCCGCUCAAGCUCCAAGCCCUUCGCUUCCUCGAAAUCGAAGGCAAUAUAGGAUGCACAGCUGGGGACAUGUGCAAGCUUCUGGCUGCUGUAUGCGCCGUUGCACCUGGCAUUCAAGAUUUGGUCUUUACAACUUCUCGCCCUUUGGAUUCUUUCCAAAGUGACCGGCACUCUGCGUGGCAGAACCUGUUCGAGAAACAUUUACCCCGAGCUCCAUUUCCAGCAGUCCGCUCCCUUGUUCUCCAUUAUCCUAUCACAACGUCAUCAGCUAGCGCUAUCUUCAACGGAUCCCCUCAUCUUGAGUAUCUCAGCCUCUCUUGCCUCAACGAUCAGACUGUGAUAAGGUCUCUCAUCGAAGCCACUCGAAUGAUCUCGUCAGAUUCUCAGUCAUCCAAAAUGCCAUCGGCGUCUCUCAAAACACUCGUACUAGACGACUGGAGCUCUGAUUAUAGCCUUUUGUUCGAGCUCUUGCGCGUGCGGAAACAAGAGGGCGUUCCUCUUGAUAAAGUGAUUAUAUGUAGCCCAGACAGCGAAUUUUUCGAUACAUUCCCGGUGGGGCUCCGAAACAAUCUCGAAAAGCUAGUAACUCUUGAACUGGGGACAUCUCGGCCUCCUGUGUAUGGGUGA